AUGUUAGAAGACUCUUGUCACACAAUUGACAUAAAAAUUGCAGGUCUAAUGGCAGUAAACAACCAAACGCUUGACUGUGAGGAGUUUAAUGCAUAUAUAGAGCACCAGCGCCCAAUAAAUCAACUUCAAAUAAGUGUUCAAGAACUUGAAGAUAAAAUACGUGUUAUAACAGAAGCACUUGAAAUGCAAAUACUUUUUAACCCUGAAAAUGAAGAAAAAAUUAAAUUAGUAUUUGAACCUCACUUGAUUCACUUUGGAAAGAAAAAGAAAGAACAGAUCUCAGAAUUGAAAAUACUGCUUGAAGCAGACCAUAUAAAGAAAUCAUUUGAGCCACUUGUAAAAGAACUAGAUAAGGUACUUAAUUCAUUAGGAGUACAAAGACAAGCAUACCACGGAAAAAGUUUUGUUGGUAAUCAUGUUAACAAAAUGUUAAAGGUAAAAUAUAUCUAAUAUAUAUUUCCUAAACUGAUAAAAUCUACUCUUUACUAAAAACAAAGUGUACCUAAAUUUAAAUGUACAAUACAAUAUAAAUAUAUGUGCAUAUGUGUGUGUGUAAGUCAGGGUUGCCACUGUUAUUUAGGAACAAAAUUCCCUGAUUUUCCCUGAUUUUUUUGCCAAAAAUUUGCUUUUUUCUCCCUGAUUUUCCCUGAUUUUUUGCUAAAAUUUUUCUUUUUUUCCCUUGAUUUUUCCCCUUGAAAUUUGCUUGAUAUUUCCAGCAUUUAAAUGCCCAAACUUAGCAUUAAAACUUCCCUAAUAACCCCAGAGCAUUUUAUCCUCCAAUAAGUAAUUAACCAAUCAAUUUGCUUAAAAAUUAAAAUAAAUAAUCAAAUACUUCAAUGAACAUAUGAAAUUUUUCUUUGAACCAGGGUAUAUUUAAAAUGGAUAUGUUCAACAGGCAUUGAAAAUCUGUCAGACUUAUCUAGGAUACAAGAUAACA